AUGCCUUCCCAGGAUUCCCGUCUCACUUACCGCCGCCGCAUGCCCUACAACACCAAGUCAAACAAAGUCCGUGUUAUCAAGACCCCCGGUGGCGAGCUCCGAUACCUGCACAUCAAGAAGAGAGGCACUGCACCAAAAUGCGGUGACUGUGGCUCCAAGUUGGCUGGCAUUCCAGCUCUCCGCCCACGCGAGUACGCCCAGAUCUCUCGGCCCAAGAAGACGGUUCAGCGUGCCUACGGUGGCUCGCGCUGCGCCAACUGCGUCCGGGACCGUGUUGUGCGUGCCUUCCUCAUUGAGGAGCAGAAGAUUGUCAAGAAGGUCAUGAAGGAGGCYGAGAAGAAGGAGAAGACCACCAAGCGAUAA